UUUUUUUUAAAAUGACUACAGCUGAUCAAUUAGCUGAAGAACUUGAACCGAAUACGUCUGCACGGGAUCAUGACGAGUCUGCAGAAUUUCAAGAACCGAAUGAAUUUAUUGAAAAUCUCCAAAAAGAUCUGACAAAAUGGAUGCAGGGAUUUAGACAUUUCAAACGUUUAUUUGAUCGUGAUCAGUCCAAAUUGUCUCCAAUAGAAAAGUCUUUAAAUGAAUUACAAGUGGCAUUGCGACACUUGGAACAAAACAUUGAAAUACCAGAGUUGUGCCUUCAGAUCAACCCUCACAUUCAACAAAUUGUGGAUGCUGCCAAAUCUCAAAAUCGAAAACCCAAACCAGAAGAUCUUGGAGAACUUGGACAAGACCCCGAAUUUUUGAGCUCUCUUUCAAAAGGUGUUUUAGAAUGGAUAAAAGCUAUUCAAAAAGUCACAAAUAUGGAUCGAGAUCCAUCAUCUGGUACUGCACUACAAGAAGCAACUUUUUGGAUUAAUUUGGAGAAGGCUCUUGUUAAAAUUACAGCAUUACACGAUUCUGUUGAAGUUAUUACUACUCUUGAUGUGUUAAAGGCAGGAAAACGUUUUCAUGUUACGACUUCUUUUGAAUCUGAUACUGGUUUAAAAGAAAAAUUGACAACUGCAAUCGAUUAUAAUGUUUUGAUGAAGGAUUUGCCGUUAAGUGAACUUUUGGGUGCUUCUGAUUUGGAUUCUUUACGUCAGGCAGUUUUAAACAUUUUCAAUGUCUUCAAGAAAUUGCGCAAUACAAAAUAUCCUGUUAAACGUGCAAUGCAAUUUUUCAAUACAAUUUCGGCAGAUCUUUGUGAACAGAUGAUUCAGAUUCUCAAACCUCGUUUACUUAUGCAUGCUCCUAUUUCUGAACUUGACGAAGUUAUGGCUGUUUGUUCGAAGAUUUGGUUUCAAUGGGAUGAGGAAUCUGACAAAAUUCAAGGAAUGUUCCGUGAUAUUGCAAAGCGUCAACGUUCGGAUGUUAAAUUUCAGCAUCGAACUCAAUAUCGCCACAAAGAUUUAGAGAAUAGAUUGAAUGAACUUAACACUUUUCGACGACAGCACGAACAGUUAAGCAAUGUUAUUUCUCGUGUUUUACGUUUUAAAGGAGCAAAUUCUCUUGGGAAUAUUACUGGAAAACAAACAAAUCCCGAGAAGGAGGUCAUCAAGGCAUAUGAAGCUAUUAAGGAGGUUAAUUAUUUGGAUUUGAGUCAUUCUGGUCAGCAAGCUUGGCAGAGUUCUAUGCAAUAUUACAAAAAUCAUAUCGUUGGAAUUGAAACUCAGUUAGCCUCACAUCUUCGUGAUCAACUUGGAAGUUGUAAAAGCGCUGAUGAUAUGUUUUCAAUCUUUUCUCGUUACAAUGCUCUUUUUGUUCGUCCUCAUAUUCAAACUGCUAUUAGGGAGUAUCAAGCUGUUUUAAUUGAUCGUGUUCGUGAAGAUAUUCGUAUUCUCCAAGAAACUAUUAUUGACCCAAAAAAGAUGGAAUUGGCAAUUUUUGUUGUGGAGGGAUAUGAUAUUCCUGAAUUUUCUGCUAAAGUUAUGUGGCUUCGUCAAAAUGAGUUGCAGCUUAAUAUGAAUAUGCAAAGAAUUGCUGAUGUUUUGGGAACACAAUGGGUUAAUCAUCUUGAAGGAAAAGAAUUGAAGCGGGAAUGUGAUUUAUUGAAAAAACAACUUGAUACUUCAGUAAUGUUUAAAGAAUGGUCUGAUAAAGUUUUGACAAAAUGCAAAACAACCAAUGACAAACUUUUUUGUGUUGAAAAACAACAACGUGAUGGGAAAGUUAUUUGUCGUCUUCGUGUUAAUUAUUCUGCUGAUUCUAUUCGUAUUGCUAAAGAAGUAAGAAACUUAAAAAAUAUGGGCUUUCGCAUUCCUUUCAAAAUUAUGAGUUAUUCUGUUGGAAUCAGUCAAUAUAAUCCUUAUGCAAUUUCAUUAAUGGAAUCUGUUCGGCUUUACGAAUCAACAAAUGAAAUUAUUUCAACUCGUCCUUCUGUUGAAAAUUUGGUUGCGGGUCAUAGACUUAUAAUUCAUGAUUUGCUUUGCGAGGGUUACAAAACUGAUUGGAGCAAUUUUAAACUUGAGUCAUAUGUUUGUAAAUUUGGGGAGGCUGUGAACAACUUUCUCGAAAAAGUAACAGAUUUGAUCGAAUAUCUUGAUAAGAUCGAUGUUGAACUAUCCGCAUUGGAUAAAUGCCUUUACAAUGAAGAAACAAUUUCACAAAUUAUUGGAGCUAUUCAAAAAUCUAUUGAUCAAAUGGCUUUAAAUGAUUAUUCUAAUUUGCAUAAAUGGAUUGAAGAACUUGAUAAAACUUUGGAAGCUAAGCUUGCUCGUCGAUUAGAAGAAGCAAUUCAUGUUUGGACAUUAGUUUUGCAACAAAAUCGUGAUGAAUUGGAAGAUGAGAGGGAAGCUAACAUUUUACCCAAAAUAAAUACAAUAACUUUGGAGAUUCGUAUUGUCUCUCAAUUUAUUACUGUUGUUCCGUCUCUUGAGAAGGCUAAAUCUGAUCUUUUUGACCAAUUUUAUCACUGGCAUUCAAUAAUAACUGCACAACCAAGAAUUUCUUCUUCUCGUUUUCAAACACUUCAACAAAAUCAAGAAUUUUCCACUUAUAAAUGUGUUCUCUUAAAACUUCCAAAAAAGCAACAAAGACUUUUUGAGGCAUACAAGGCAAUUGAUGAUGUUCUUCUUAAAACAAAUGACUAUGUUAAUCAUUGGACUCGUUAUCAAGCUCUUUGGGACCUGCAACAAGAUAUUCUUUUUGAAAGGCUUGGAUCUGAGUUAACUAAUUGGAUGAAAGUGAUUUUGGAAAUCAAAAAGUCUCGUUCUAUGGUUGAUUCGCCAGAAUCCCAGCAUAAAAUAUUCCCUUUCUCUGUUGAUUAUUCUCGUGUUCAGUCAAAAAUCGCUAUGAAAUAUGAUUAUUGGCAAAAAGAAGUUCUGUCUAAAUUUGGAAAUUUUUUGGGAACUUCUAUGCAAGACUUUUUUGCUUAUAUCUCUACUGCACGUUCUGAGCUCGAAUCCCAAAGUAUUGAUUCAACUAAUACAAGUGACACUGUUGCUCUUAUUACUCAAGUACAAAAUUUGAAAAAGCAUAUCGUUCCCUUCAAAGAGAAAGUAAGCAGUUAUUGUACGGGCCAAAAACUUUUAAACAAUCAUCGUUUUACAUUUCCUCCGUCUUGGCUUUAUGCUGAAAAUGUUGAGGGUGAGUGGUCAGCAUUAAUGGAUGUUUUGGAAAGGAAGGAUACUGCGAUUCAAACACAGAUUACAAAUCUUCAAACAAGAAUUCAUGAAGAGGAUAAACUUUUAGAAAAACACAUUAAUGAUCUUAUUAGUGAAUGGAACAAAUCUAGACCUGUAAAAGGAGCAAUUCGUCCUAAAGAUGCUUUGACCAUUUUGACUAAUUUCGAGGAUAAGUUUAAACGACUUAAAGAUGAACAAGAAAAUAUUGUGAAGGCCAAAAACGCGUUGGAGAUCAGUGAAUCUGUUGUUAGUAUAAACCAACAAUCAGCUUCAAAAUUGGAGCUUGCGAUUGAGGAACUUGAGGAUUUAUCAUGCGUUUGGAAAUCUUUAUUGCCUAUCUACAAUAAUUUGGACGAAUUAAAGGAAAUUCCCUGGCUUUCUAUUCAACCUAGAAAAUUACGUCAAAAUUUGGAGGAACAACUUGGUAAACUGAGAAAUCUUCCCUCUCACUAUAAACAAUAUGAUGCAUAUGCUCAUGUUAAAGGUCUUUUGCAGAAUUACUUGAAGAUGAACCUUCUUAUUAUGGAGUUAAAAUCUGAGGCUUUAAAGGAUCGUCAUUGGAGAACAUUAAUGAAGGAGAUGGGCGUUAAUUGGGUUCUUUCCGAAUUAACAUUGGGAAAAGUUUGGAGCGUUGAUCUUCAGAGACAUGAACAUGCUGUACGUGAGGUCCUACUCACAGCUCAAGGAGAACUUGCACUAGAAGAAUUUAUUAGACAAGUUAAAGACUAUUGGACUGAUUAUACUCUUGAUUUGGUUGGUUAUCAGCAAAAGACUAGAUUAAUUCGUGGAUGGGAUGACUUAUUUAACAAAUUGAAAGAACACAUGAAUAGUUUGAAUCAAAUGAAACUGUCUUCCUACUACAAACAAUUUGAGGAAGAUGCUUUAUCUUGGGAGGAUAAACUUAAUAGAAUUAAUGCUUUAUUUGAUGUUUGGAUUGAUGUACAAAGAAGAUGGGUUUAUUUGGAAGGUCUUUUUACUGGAUCAGCGGAUAUUGCUCAUUUGCUUCCAUCCGAAACUAGUCGAUUUAAUCAAGUCUCAACAGAAUUUCUUGGCCUAAUGCGAAAGGUUUCACAAUCCCCACGUAUUCUCGAAGUUGUUCAUAUACAAGGAGCUCAAAAAAUACUUGAACGUUUGGCAGAUUUACUUUCAAAAAUACAAAAAGCACUUGGUGAAUAUUUGGAACGUGAAAGAAAUUCUUUUCCUCGAUUUUAUUUUGUUGGCGAUGAAGAUUUAUUAGAAAUUCUUGGCAAUUCAAAGGAUUUAGUCCGCGUACAAAAGCAUUUCAAAAAGAUGUUUUCAGGAAUUGUGGCUGUUGAACACGAUACAGAGAAGAAUUUGAUAAAAGCAAUUUCUUCUCGAGAAGGUGAAACUGUUUCGCUUACUACUCCAAUUGAUUUGAUUAAAAAUUCCAAAAUUAAUGACUGGCUUCGAUUGAUGGAGCGUGAAAUGCAAGCUACACUUGCAGAAAUGCUUUCUAUUUCUUUAAAUAAAUUUUUCGUAUAUGAUGUUCAAAAAAUAAUAAUGGAAGAAUACAUUAAUUGGAUUGAAGAAUAUCCGUCACAAAUCGUUAAUCUUGCAAUGGAUGUAUGGUGGACGAAUGCUAUUGAAAUGUGUUUAAAAAAUGGUGAAAAUUUGUCUAAAGUUGCCGCUUUAGUUGAGAAAUUACUUUCUUUGUUGUCUAAUAGCGUUCUCUGUGAUCAACCUCGUAUUACAAGAUUGAAAAUUAUAAAUUUGAUUACUGCAUUCAUUCACAAGAAGGGAAUUAUAAGGGAUCUUCUUAAAAAUGAGGUCAAAACACUUAAUGAUUACAACUGGUUAAAGAAUUUGCGUGUUUACUUCGAAGCAAAUACAAAAAAAUGUGUUAUAAAAAUGUCGAAUGCUGUCUUCUAUUAUGGAUUUGAAUAUUUGGGAAUCCAAGAAAAACUUGUUCAAACUCCUUUAACUGACCGUUGCUAUCUUACCAUGACUCAAGCAUUGCAUUUUCGAUUUGGAGGUAGCCCGUUUGGACCGGCUGGUACUGGAAAAACUGAAUCGGUCAAAGCGCUUGGUCAUCAGCUUGGAUGUUUUGUUCUUGCUGUUGGUCGUAUUCUUGUUGGGCUUUGCCAAGUUGGUGCUUGGGGUUGUUUUGACGAGUUUAAUCGAUUGGAGGAACGCAUGCUUUCUGCAGUCUCUCAACAGAUCCAAGCAAUUCAAGAAACUAUAAGGAAUGGUGGCAACAUGAAGGUCGAUCUUAUUGGAAAGAAUUUAACCGUCAAUGAAAACAUGGCUAUUUUUAUCACUAUGAAUCCUGGAUAUUCUGGUCGUUCAAAUCUCCCAGAUAAUUUGAAGCAGCUUUUCCGUUCAUUUGCAAUGACUGCUCCUGACAGUGGGCUUAUUGCUGAAGUUAUGCUUUCAUCACAAGGAUUCCAAUCUGCGGAAAUUCUUUCAAACAAAAUUGUUCUCUUAUUUACUCUUUGCAAAGAACAACUUUCCAGCCAAUGCCACUAUGAUUUUGGCCUUCGUGCACUGAAAAAUGUUUUGGUUUCUGCUGGAAACAUUAAGCGUGAAGCAAUACAAAAUACUAAUGAAAGCAAUAUGGAAGCCGAUGUUUCUUCCUUGCAAAUUUCUGAGCAGCAAAUUCUUAUUCAAUCUGUUUGUGAAACACUUACUCCAAAACUAGUGUCAGAAGAUAUUACUUUGUUACAAUCACUUUUACAUGAUGUUUUCCCUGAAGUUGAUUAUCAGCAAAAGUCAAUGGAAACUUUGCGCGAUGAAAUUAUUCGAAUUGCCACUGAAGAACACUUCUGCUGUUCAACAGAUGUUGGUGAAAAAGGAUCUCUAUGGAUGGAGAAAGUUCUGCAAGUCUACCAAAUAACAAAUCUCAAUCACGGUUUGAUGCUUGUUGGUUCUAGUGGUUCGGGAAAAUCAUCGGCAUGGAAAAUCUUACUCAAAUCAUUGGAGAAGUUAGAAAAUGUAGAAGGUGUCUCACAUGUUAUUGAUGCUAAAGCAAUGAGUAAAGAUGCACUUUAUGGUGUUCUGGAUCCCAAUACAAGAGAGUGGACUGAUGGACUCUUCACACAUAUUAUUAGAAAAAUUGUCGACAAUGUUCGCGGUGAAGCUAGCCGACGACAAUGGAUUAUUUUUGAUGGAGAUGUUGAUCCAGAAUGGGUCGAGAAUCUUAACUCCGUUCUUGACGACAAUAAACUUCUUACCUUACCAAACGGAGAACGUCUUGCUAUCCCACCAAAUGUCCGUAUAAUUUUCGAAGUGGCUGAUUUGAAAUAUGCAACUAUGGCUACUGUUUCGCGGUGUGGAAUGGUCUGGUUCAGUGAGGAUGUAGUUACUUCUGAUAUGCUUUUUGAACGUUAUCAUCUUCAACUUCGAAAUAUUCCUUUAUUUACUGAAAAUCCUUCAAAUUCAUUAAAACUUCAAGAAAUUUGUGCUGAUUUAUUAUUUGAUCAUAUGAAGGGAGGUGGGCUUAUUCCUCUUGCAUUGAACUUUACAAUCGAGCAACUCGACCAUAUAAUGUAUCCAUCAAAACAACGACUUUUAAUGUCAUUCUUCUCAAUGAUGAAUUUUUCAAUAAAACAAUUAUUGCAGUAUGAUGCCGAUCAUCCUGAUUUUCCACCAACCACUGAACAAAUUGAAAAUUUCAUUGGACGCUCGAUGCUUAUUAAUCUCAUUUGGUCAUUUAGCGGCGAUGGCAAUUGGAAAUCUCGGAAAGCAUUGAGUGACUUUGUUCGUAGCUCUACAACAAUUCAAUUACCUCAAAAUGAAUCGUUACCGCUGAUUGAUUUCUAUGUUCCUCCGACUGGUGAUUGGACGCCUUGGUCUGAUAAAGUCCCUCAAAUUGAAAUUCAAUCAGAUAAAAUUGUGGAUACUUCAACUGUUAUACCAACAAUGGACACUGUUCGCCAUGAAUCACUUUUAAAUACUUGGUUGAAUGAAAGGAAACCUCUUGUUUUGUGUGGUCCUCCUGGAUCUGGUAAAACAAUGACAUUACUUUCUGCACUUCGGUCGUUCCCUGAUAUGGAUGUAAUUAAUGUCAACUUUUCUUCUUCCACCACUCCUGAACUUCUUCUUAAAAACUUCGAUCAUUAUUGUGAAUAUCGCCGAACUCCAAAUGGUGUUGUUCUCUCACCUAUUCAAAUUACACGUUGGCUUGUUAUAUUCUGUGACGAAAUAAAUUUACCCCAACUUGAUAAAUAUGGUACACAACGAGUUAUUUCAUUUAUGCGACAGUUAGUUGAACAGAAUGGUUUCUACCGAACAAGUGACAAAUCUUGGGUCUCAUUGGAGCGCAUUCAGUUCGUCGGAGCAUGUAACCCACCAACUGAUCCUGGACGAAAUCCGCUUUCAUCAAGAUUUCUUCGACAUGUCCCAGUUAUUUAUGUUGAUUAUCCUGGCGAAACAUCAUUGAUUCAAAUUUAUGGAACAUUUGCUCGUGCAAUGCUUCGACCAAUCACACAAUUACAUGGCAAAGAUGUUCCUCUAACAGAUGCGAUUGUUGAAUUUUAUCAGCGAAGUCAAGAACAUUUUACACAAGACGAUCAACCACAUUAUGUUUAUUCUCCUCGUGAAUUGACACGUUGGGUAAGAGGAAUCAAUGAAGCUAUUGCACCAAUGGAUGGUAUAACUACAAAUGAUUUAGUUCGUCUCUGGGCUCAUGAGGCACUUCGUCUUUUCCAAGAUCGACUUGUUUAUGAUGAAGAAAGAAAAUGGACUGAAGAUUUAGUUGAUGAAAUCGCUGGGAAAUACUUUGCUGGAUCGUGUGAUUUACGUGAAGCGCUUGAGCGUCCAAUACUUUAUUCUUCGUGGCUUAAAAAGGCUUGA